GCAAAAUGGAAGAGGCUAUGCAUUUUUUCUUCAAAUGGUUAUCCAAACAGCUCCCUCCCCUAAAUUUCAAUCAUAUAAAAUCCCCACAUAGCCAUCUUCUUUUCUCAAGCGGUACCGGUUAGACCAUUCCAUCACCCACCUACCCUCCCAUCUCUUAUUUUAAUUACUCUCCCAAAUCCCAAACCUUCUUCCUGAACCUUGAAUACAGUCCUAAGCUCCAUAGUUCUAAGAAAAAAACAUGACAUCAUCAACAUUGCCAUCUUCUCUAUUCCUCCAACUAGAUUUCCCAUCAAUAAGGGCGACAUCGGAGAGACCGACACCGUCAGUAUCGGUUCCUCCAACACGCAAGCCCGGACAAACAAAUUCUUUACCAAGUGAGCCAACCAUCAACAACCUACCGAUGAGGAAGAUCCCGGGGGACCUUGGGAUCCCAAUAAUCGGUCCUUUAAAAGACCGUCAGGAUUACUUCUACAACCAAGGGCGUGACGAGUUUUUCAAAUCAAGAAUCCAAAAAUAUCAGUCAACCGUUUUCCGCGCCAACAUGCCACCUGGACCGUUCAUCUCAAACUCACCAAACGUCGUCGUUUUGCUCGACGCCAAGUCUUUUCCCACGCUUUUUGACGUCUCGAAAGUCGAAAAGCGUGACGUGUUCACGGGAACCUACAUGCCGUCGACUGAACUCACCGGCGGUUACAGAGUCCUCGCUUACCUGGAUCCUUCAGAAGCAAAACACGGCCUUCUGAAACGGUUAAUGUUUUUUCUCUUGAAAUCGCGUCGUGAAAACGUGAUUCCUGAGUUCCGUUCAAGCUACACGGAGUUCUUCGAGUCCUUGGAAUCAGAGCUUUCUGAGAAAGGAAAAGCCGAUUUUGCCCUCGCGAACGAUCAAGCAGCUUUUAACUUCUUAGCGCGAUCGCUCUUCGGUUCAAACCCCGGUGACACCGAACUCGGUACGGACGGGCCAGGAAUCGUUCAGAAGUGGGUUCUGUUUCAACUCAGUCCGAUUCUGCGACUCGGUUUGCCUCAGUUCAUCGAAGAUUCUGUUUUCCACAACUUCCGUCUUCCGCCGAAGUUAAUCAAGAAGCAGUACCAGAGGCUCUACGAUUUCUUCUACGAAUCUUCGGGAUUCAUGCUGGAUGAAGGUGAGAGAUUGGGAAUCUCGAGAGAGGAAGCGUGCCAUAACCUAGUUUUUGCGACGUGCUUCAAUUCGUUCGGAGGCAUGAAGCUGUUCUUCCCAAACGUGAUGAAGUGGAUCGGGAGGGCGGGGGUGAAGUUGCACGCGCGGCUUGCAGCGGAGAUUAGGGCGGCGGUGAAGGAGGCCGGUGGAGAGGUUACGAUGGCGACUAUGGAGAAGAUGGAGCUAAUGAAGUCGGUGGUGUACGAGGCGCUUAGGAUUGAUCCGCCGGUGCCGUUGCAGUAUGGCAAAGCCAAACGGGACUUGGUCAUUGAAAGCCAUGAACAUGCUUUUCAGGUGAAAGCAGGGGAAAUGCUAUUUGGGUACCAACCAUUUGCAACCAAAGAUCCAAAGAUUUUUGACAGAGCCGAGGAAUUUGUUGGGGACAGGUUCAUGGGAGAGGAAGGGGAGAAGUUGUUGAAGUAUGUCAUUUGGUCCAAUGGUCCUGAAACCGAAAAUCCCAGUGUUUCCAACAAGCAAUGUGCUGGGAAGGAUUUUGUUGUGCUUGUUUCAAGGCUUCUUGUUGUUGAACUCUUUCUUCGUUAUGAUUCCUUUGAGAUUCAAGUUGGAACUUCACCUUUGGGCUCUAAGAUUACCCUCACUUCUCUUAAGAGAGCUAGCUUCUAAAUCUUCUAAUAAUUCAAUUUUUAAUUCUUGUAUUUAUUAGGAUUUUUAUUUUUAUUUUUAUUUUGGUGUUAAUCCUAUAUAUAUUCUUAUGGUAUAUCAAUGGCUAAUUAAAGAGAUGAAGAUCUAAGCUAUUUCUUGUAUUGAUUUUGUAUAGUAUUUUGAUUUUAUGUUAUUGAAUUUAGGGUCAAUAAAUCUAAAAGGUAUGGUCCCCAUGUUGGAUUUUUAAUAUAGAUAUAGGGAAUUAGAUUAGUGUCAUAUUGGAACAUAAAGUGGUGUAAUAAUAGAACCUUUGUGGGUCAUCAUGUAACCCACUCAAGUAGUGGGUAUUACAUGCUGCUGCAGUCAUUGACAAUGUGCUCUCUAAUAUUUAUUGAGGCAAUGCUUUUUUUAUUAUUAAA